CUGACGAUAGGUACAUUAUUAUGCGGCCGAUACAGGCGGUAAGAUAGUGUGGAUGUCUUUAGUCACUUGGAAACAUGCUGUUGGUUUGUAUGUUCGAUGGAAUUUUCUCACUAAACUAAUUACUAACCCAAUCAGUAAAGAUGCCAUCCCCCCUAUUCUCGUGAGAUGAGUUUAUACAUGAGUAUCUACCUAAAUCACCAACCUACCUUAUGUAUACCUAUAUAAUGCCUUGUGCUUUCGUCGUCAAUGCAUGCGAAACGUAUCUUAAACCCGGGUAUGAAACUAUAAUCAUUAGUAUGCUAUAGCCUGUUGUCUAUAGAAUCCGUCGAUAAAAACCCCAUUGCUCGCCGCUACUCAAGUCGACUACGUUCAUCGGGACUACUCUACUCACACAUACUUCCUUGAUUAUCUACCAAACCUUGCAAACACCCCUAUAUUAACUCAAACAUGGCCGCUCCUCAGAACAAAGGCACUAUUCUCGUCACCGGCGCUGGUGGCUACGUCGGUGGACAGAUCGUUAGGGAGGCCUUGGAGUCCGGGUAUAGCGUACGUAUUACGGCCCGUACAGAGUCUGCUGCGGCCCGUACUAUUUCGCGCUACCCCUCCUAUGCCGCUUCGCUUUCUUCUACUAUCGUCCCAGACAUAACGGUCCUUGAGUCCUACGCCGCGGCUUUCGCAGACGGGUCCAUUGUGGGAAUCAUUCACGCGGCGUCACCCUUUACCCUUAACGUUGAGGACAAUGUUCGCGACCUCCUUGACCCCGCUGUCAAGGGUGCGACGACUAUCCUCGAGGCCGCGCUGAAGUACGGCGGCGGUAAAGUCCGGCGUGUGGUGUCGACCAGCUCGUUCGCUGCCAUCGUAGACCCGGAGAAAGGCUUGAACCCGGGCUACUCUUACGACGAGAAGGACUGGAACCCCGUGACGUGGGACGCAGCGGUAAAGGCCCCGAGUCUCAUCGCGUACGCGGCCAGCAAGGCGCUCGCCGAGCGCGCCAUGUGGGCGUGGGUGGACGCCCACCCGGACGCCGGAUUCACGCUGGCGACUAUCUGCCCGCCGUGGGUAUUCGGGCCAUACGCGUACGAGAUCCAGGACACGAAGACGCUAAGCGAGUCCGUGGUGCUGCUCAACAAUAUCAUCGACAGCCCCUCCGUCCCGCCCUUCGACUUCGGCGCCUACGCCGACUCUCGCGAGGUGGCGGCCGCGCACAUCCUAGCCCUCGAAGUCCCCGAGGCGGCCGGCCAGCGCUUCCUCGUCGGCCAGAACUUCCGGUACCAGGCGAUAGUCGACGCGGCGCGGGAGGCGCUCCCGGAGGCCCGGGAACGCCUGCCGGUUGGGAAGGUGGGGGAUUGGUCGCCGGAGGACGCGCACCGUGUUGAUGGGUCUAAGGCGACUAAGGUGUUAGGGCUGAAGUAUUUGACUUUGAAGGAUACGGCUGUCGACACUUAUAAGCAGUUGUUCAAGGCUAGGGCGUUGGAGGCUAAGGCAUGAUUGAUUGGGGUGGUUGUUGAAUAGGGGUAGGAGAGGGGGGUUAUAUGUUGAAAUCUUGUAGGGUGAAGAGAGUACCUACGUACAUAUACGGCGAUCGUGUUGUAUAGUAAGGUCGUCGUCGAUCAGCCUAAUAUACGGUAUGGAGCAAGUAUUUAACUAUUGGGUAUCUUAGGCUAAGAAUAAAUAAACACCAUUUUGGAUAUCUCACA